AUGGCAUAUGUAUCUGACUGGCAAAUGUUUUUGAAUGUGUCUCUCCGUAACCCUGUUGAUAAGAACUUCUUCCUGAGUGUCGGCAGAGUGUCUUAUCAGAGAGGAGACAACACCAGUACAUCAUACGAGGAAGAUGAGGAUGAUGAUGAGGAAGCUGACAAACGGUUUGAUAAGGCAACCCACAAUGUACAAGUCCAAGAUCUAAAGGGAGCGUGGACCAAACACAAUCGUACAGUGUUACUGGGCGUGCUUGACAGCUACACCAAGGCACAGUCACUCAAGCGAAACCUAUCUGCCGAUGCACUCAAAAAGUUCAAGGUUGAUGGAGGUCAAGGUCCAAAUAAGACGAGGUCUAUGUCCCUAACGACAGGUGCCCCUGGCUCCCCUACCACUCCUAACCCCAGCCCUGGGACUAAACUCAGCAGUGUCCACACCCACUCACUUCUAAUGAAGCUGGUGUCAGAGUCAGAUAGCAAGUCUGUCGCAUUCACAGAGGAGCCAUCAAAUAUGAAUAUGGACCAGUUACAUGGUGUGGCUGCCUGUCAGACUGAUGAUGUCUACUUCAAAAACUGGCGCAUUGAGCUGCACAACAGCCAGAUGAUGGUGAAGGGGUGCGAGACGUCUGGGUAUGUGAUCGUGAGUGCCGCUAAGGCCCAGAUUGUGUCCUGUACACACCGUCCAGUCUGGCAGGACAACCAGCUCCGUAGUAAAACCUCCUGGGUCACCUCUGUCGAGUGUAUGCAG